AUGGAUAUGCUGGACCGCAUGAAGGUGACUCGAGCUGUCGUAAAGGAAGCCCUGCGACUUCGUACACCAGCCAUUGCGCUGCCUCGAACCGUCAAGAAGGACUUCCCGCUCACGCCUGGAUUUAUAGCUAAGAGGGGUCAGUUGCUCAUGCCGUCGGUCUGGAAGAUCACGCAUGAUCCUGUUGCCUAUCCUGACCCAGAUGCAUUCAAGCCAGAGAGAUGGCUCUUCGGUGACGCAGAGCGCCAGACGAAGAAUUGGGUUGUCUUUGGAUCCGACCCACAUUCGUGCAUGGGAAAGGUGUAUGCAAUGGCCCACCUGAUGACCUUGAUCGGAAAGGCCAGCAUUGAGCGAUGA